AUGAUGAAAAAGUGGUCAGCAUCUGCUUAUGCAUUCUUCCAUCCUGUUCCUGCUAUCGAGUAUCACCAUGAUUGCAAAUGCCACAUCUUCACUUGUGCAGCAAAAGGAUGUAAGCAUGUUGUUGCUCAAUACCUUGACACAAUGGACAAAGAAUCAACAGAUGUUCUUGAUAUGGCUGACAAUGCUAAGAAUCACAAUGAUAAGACCAUCAUAAAGAUGUUUGAGCAGUCAAAGGAUAAAGGGGCAGUGAUGUAUUCACACUGUUUACACACCAAAACUGAGACAUGCCUACACCCAUUCAACAUUGUCAAGGACCAUGGCUUCCUCUGCUUAAUGAAAAUAGGCCAUCCCAGCUACUACCUUCCUCAUCCCACUACGGUAUCCUGUGAUAUCAAAACAGAAUAUGAUGGGGAACUUAGCUUUGCAACUGAUGCAUGGACAUUGCCAAACCAUCAAGCAUUUGUGGCCUUUACUGUCCAUUUCAUUCACAAUGGUCAGUCUACAUGA